UGCGAGUUCAAUUGAGAAAUCCGGAGCAAAAGUCGCAGAUGGAUGGGCGCGGCAAGAUGGCGAUUGGUGGAUGCGGGCUGAAUGGUGUCGGUACUAUGACGUAUGCACUUUUGCAAUCUCGGGAUCAGUAUGACACUGCUUUGACGAUUGACAGACACUAAAGGGCACGGAUCGGGGAGCUUGUGUGGAGGCGAAUCGAAUUGUAGGAGGCUGUAUCUUUUGGACUUUUCACUUUCUCUUUUUUAAUUUCUUAAUUCCUUCAAUUUGAAGCUUUUCGACAGUAAUAGUUCAUGGGGUAGCUACUGGUUCAAGAAAGCCUCAUUCGUCCAUCUUUCCAUCUGUUGUUUACUAUGCCCUUGUUUACCACUCCUAGAAUGGACGACGACGAUGAGCAAGACAUUCGCCCAGAGGAUCGCAUUGACAAUGCGGAAGGUGAGCGGCCGCCAGACGAAUACACUCGGCUGCUGCCCAACCGCGUCAACUCCAAUAGGGACUUCCUCGCCCCUGAUGAUCCUGCAGUGUCGCCGUAUAACCUCUUCAGCAUUCGCAUGCUCCGCUAUCUGACAUUGUUCUUCACGGCACUGACGUUCUUGUGGUGGGUGAUUCUGCUUGUGUCUGCAUUUGCGACGGCUCCUGGGUUCCACACAAAGGGGAGUGGCUUCUUUGCGUUUGGCUAUACGAGCUUGACACUGGCCAUCCUGUUUUCCACCUUGCUAUUCUUUGGGGUGCCUUCCAAAGCAGUGAGGAUACUCGGAAUUGUAAUUGCCGUUUUUCUCACGCUCGAUAUGAUUCUUCUCCUAUCAGUCCAGAAGACCAGGUACGAGGAGGGCUGGGUAGGAAUUGUUAGCGUCAUAUGGGCGCUGCUCAUGAGUAUAUGGGCCGUGGUUGCGGACAGAACUGUUAAAUGGGGCAAGGCCGAGGAAGAAGAGAGAUUGACCGGCCGUCCUGAAACAAGAAGAACACUCUCAGAAUGGCUCGAGGUCCUGGUCUCAACCAUUGGCAACUCUGUCAUGGUGGUGGCCGUUGUCCUGAUAACGCUAAACAUCAUCCUCCGAGCUCUCGAUGCAAGAGUUGCACCACCCGGCAAGCUGUACUGGGUCGACGAUAACAAAUAUCGCAUCCACCUGUACUGCCAUGGGAACAAGACGGACGAGAACGGCAAAAAAGUCACUACCGUCUUCUUCGAGGGAGGCGAGUGGCCCGUCGAGUACGGCCUAUGGGAUUUCGCAGACAAUGCGGUCAAGAACGGGUCCAUUUCUCGCUAUUGCUUCGCAGACCGGCCAGGGCUGGCUUGGUCUGAUACCGCCCCGUCGCCGUCAUCCGCCGGCUUCGUGGUGGACGCCUUGAGCGAGGCCCUGGCCAAAGCAGGAGAGGGAGGGCCCUGGGUUCUUGCUAGCGCGGGCAUCGGCUCCUUGUACUCGCGAGUGUUUUCAGCCCGCCACAGUCACGACGUUCGGGGCCUGCUGUUGAUCGACCCCCUGCACGAAGAUCUGCUGGGCCCCGGCGCAGCGCCAGGCCGAGGCUUCUGGCUGUGGUUGCGAGGCGCCAUCUCGCCGCUUGGGCUGGAUCGCAUUCCGGGCGCGCUGUUUAAAGGACGCUCCAGCCGCGACCGUAUCUAUGGCCGAUCCGCUCCGCAGACGGGCAAGUUCAUCUUUGCCAAGCUGCAGGAGAGCUUGGUGCUCAACUCCUUCACCAAGCGCGACGUCGACAGCAGCAGGCAGAUCCAGGAAAAGGACACGCCGCUGACCGUGAUUAGCUCGGGGCUCAAGAUCAAGAACGACGAUAAUUGGGCGAGCAAGCAGAAGGACCUGACGGGGCUGACUGAUAAGCUUCUGCAUUGGGAUAUCGUGGACGAGGCACCCCACGAAGUGUGGCGGACUCUGGAGGGGCGCGAGAAGAUUGAAAAGAGGCUGAAAAAGAUGGUCUAAAAAUAAGUGGCCAGGGGGGGCUUGAAAGGAAAAAGGCGAAUACGGGAGUUUUCUUCGAGCGCGUGGACGCAGGUACGGUAUUACAGCGCAGCACAAGAAUCUGCCUGACCGUACUGACCUGUCCAAGGUGGCACCAAUCGCUCGAUUGAUACCGCCAUGUAGGACUUGAUUGUUGGCGUCCAUCUUAUUGAUGGGUUUACUUUUCCUGUUGCUGGGGUGAAGCUUGAGGGAGGAAAGCAAUGAACGAUGGAUUUAGCUGCGGCGCAAACCUACGUCUGUAGUAGGUAUGAAUUUGGAUAGUGUUUGAAUGAGAAAUAGCAUUGAUACCUUUACCUAACCUUUCAAUUCUCACAGAGGUCGUGCUGUCCAGACCCCG